AUGUACGAGAUGUUGGCCGAGAUCAACCGCAAAAUUGACAAAAGACUUGAGUCCAUUGCAAGUAGAAUUGGCUAUGACUUUGACAUUUCCAAGGCGAAAAAUGAGGUCUUCGCACAAUUGAGCUCAAUCCAGGGUUUGUCUCUCAAAGCAAAGUUCGAGAUCACCAAUUUGCUUGCCAAAGAAGUGGAGCGUCUUGAUGUGUUCACUAGUCUAUCGGAAGAGUGGAAGUCGGAGUACGUCCACUACCUACUCGAGGAGAAGUACAAAUACAAUGGAUCUACUGACUGCCGACCAUGGAAGUCUGAAGAUCAACAAAUUCUGGCAGCUGUUCCGAUGAGGAACAGAAGGGCAUUGGAGUUUUACGAAGGAAAGCCUCCCAACGGUCAGAAGACUGUCUGGAAAAUGCAUGAAUUUAGGGUUAAUGGAGUUACACGCAAGAAGACGAGUGCAGAUGACAUGAGGUUGGAUGAUUGGGUUCUAUGCCGUGUGUAUGCGAAAUCUUCGAGGGUGAUAAAUAAUAGGAAGAGUCCUUUGCAAGCGAAUAGGGAAGCUGCUCUUGUUACCAAUCAAGAAAUGAUCGAAAAUGCUUCAAUAGUCCCAGAAAAUCCUGAACAAAACAUGAUCAACACCGACUUCUCUGUUCAAGAUUUGCUGCAAGAAUCCGAUCUCAGGCUUAGCUAUUUUCAGUCGUAUAAUCUGGAUGGAAUCGUGGCCCCAAUUGAGCAACAGUUGAUGAAUAAUCCAUAUGUAAAUGGAGAGUUAUUGCCAUUGCCAUUGCCAAAUGUGGAUGCCCAGCAAGAAAACAUCGAUACCAACUUUUAUGCUCCCAUGCCCAACAAAACAUGA